AUGGGGAAACUGAGCCAGAAGCCAGCUUUGCUUGUGCUCCUGUCCCUAGCUUUCUGCAGAGGUCGUGUUGUCAGAGUGCCCAAAGGUCCUCUUAUUCGAGUUGUUGGCACAGAGGUGGUGAUCCCUUGCAGCGUUAGUGACUACGAUGGACCCAGUGAACAGAACUUUGACUGGGAGUUCUCCCGGGAGACUGACUUCGUGCGGAUAGUGAGUACCUGGGAUUCUACAUUCACCUCUGAGGAGUACCGAAAACGUGUGGGCCACGGGGAUAUCAAACUGAGACGGAGCAGCAACGAUGCUGUGGAUCUUGUGAUUAGAAACAUCCAGCCAACUGACCAAGGGAGAUACAAGUGUUCCACGCCCAGCACUGAUGCCACUGUUCAGGGAAAUUAUGAUGCAGAGGUCCAAGUGAAAGUGAUUUCCGAUGGCUUAUCGGUGAGCGGUAAAAAUCUCAGGCUGUCUGAGGGUGACUCCUUCAAAUUGCACUGCUCAGCAAUUACCACCUCCCCGGAGCACACUCACCUGCAUGUGACUUGGCAGAUCAAAAGCGGAUCGCCUUGGCGGGACGUCCUGUCUUUGACUCAUGAGGCCAAAUUCCAGCCAGGUCCUGGCUAUGAAGAGCGCUACCAUAAUGGAGAUAUCCGCUUGGACACAGGAGCCAAUGACACAUAUCAGUUAUUGGUAUCCCAGGCCUCAUCAGUGGAUGCCGGUGCUUACAGGUGUCUUGUGAGCGAGUGGGUGAGAGGGGCAGAUAGCUCAUGGCAGAAGAUUCAGGAGAAGAGCGUGGAGAUUGCAACUGUAGCAAUCCAACCAACUGCUCUAGAUGUGGUCAUCUCAACAAGCAACGUGUCUGUGACUGAAAGAGACUCCCUGGAUCUUACAUGCAACAUCACAACAGACAGGAGUGGUGUUUUCCAAGCGGAGGUGAUAUGGUAUUUUUCUGCAUCACCUGAUGAUACCUUGACAGAUGCUCAGGUUUUGCUGAGCAUGGACCAUGAUUCUGUUGUCAGUGAUUCAACUCUCAUCAGCCUGAGCCAUGUAGAUAGGAACUCCUAUCGCCUGUUGGUGCGUGAUGUGGAUGUGGAAGACUCUGGCUAUUACUUCUGCCAAGCAGCUGUCUGGGUACCACUGCACGAUGGGAGCUGGCAUAAAGUGGUGGAGAGGACAUCUGCACCAGUCAGUGUGGUGGUGACAGCAUUAGAGCCAGACUAUGAGGUGUUUCUGAAUGCUUCUAAAACACCCAAGUUUUCAGAUGACCCCACAGAGCUCAAUUGCAGGAUCACAAAAGCACAGGACACCAAAGCAAACGUGCGCUUCACAGUUUCCUGGUACUACAGGCAGCGCCUGCGCAGUGACGAUGUGGUGACAGAGGAACUCCUGGCCACGAUGGAUGCAGACUGGACUCUGCUGCCUGGGGAAAGGAGCAGAGAGCGGACUCAGAAUGGGGAAAUAAUCUUCUCUAAAAAGGCUGUUGACACCUUCAGUUUACGAAUCCAGUGGACUAGAGAAGGUGACAGAGGGAAUUAUUUCUGUGUCAUCUCUGCGUGGAGUAGGCACCGCAACAACAGCUGGGUAAAGAGCAAAGAUGUGACUUCUGCAUCUGUCAGCAUUUUCUGGGCUACACAAGAUUACACGCUUACAGUGGAGGCAGUGAAAUUGAAGCCGUUCUUUGUAGCAGGCCACACCUUUGAAAUGACGUGCAAAGUGUCUUCAAAAAACAUCAAGACGCCACGCUACUCUGUCCUCAUUACAGCUGAGAAGCCACUAACAGAUCAGUCGAAUCCUAAUGGAACCACUCGCAUAAUCUCCUUGAACCAGGAUUCAGUAGUGCGGCUGGAAGACUGGACAGACCAGACUCGUGUGGAUGGUGUGGUUCUGGAGAAGGUCCAGGAGAAUGAGUUCCGCUACAGGAUGUAUCAGACCCAGAUUUCUGAUGCUGGGCUGUAUCGCUGUGUAGUGACUGCAUGGUCUCCAGGUGGUGGUGGCAUGUGGCGUGAAGCAGUGAAUGGCUUAUCCAACCCUAUCCAGAUAGACUUCCAGAUGUCAGGUCCUGUGUUUAACGUCUCGGUGCAUUCUGACAACCUGAUGAUUUACCAGGGUGAGCUGGCAGAUUUGCUGUGUAUCGUCACAACAGAAGGAAUGGCACUUGAGCCAGAUGAUAUGUCCUUUGAUGUCUCCUGGUUUGCUGUGCGCUCCUUUGCAUUGGACAGAGAGCCCGUCUUGCUGGCUUCGCUGGACAGGAGAGGGAUUGUCAUGCAGAGCAGAAGAAAUGGGAGCAGCGAUCUCAGCCUGGAGAGAAUCAGCCCCCUGGAAUUCCGGCUCCGCGUGCAUGGCUGUGAGGACCAUGACUUUGGGAACCACUACUGCGUAGUGACCCCAUGGGUGCGAUCCGCCACUGGCGUAUGGCAGCGGGAACCUGACAUCAAAGCCAAACCCAUUUUUCUAUCUGUGAAAAUGGAUGUUCUGAACGCUUUCAAGUAUCCCCUGUUGAUUGGCAUUGGUCUGGCCACUGUCAUUGGACUCUUAUCAUGCCUCAUUGGCUACUGCAGCUCCCGUUGGUGCUGCAAGAAGGAGGUGCAGGAAACAAGACGAGAGCGUCGCCGGCUAAUGUCGAUGGAGAUGGACUGAGCGUGGGAGCCAGAGACACUUGCAUUUUGGGAGAGACUUACAGGGCUCUUGGACUGUGCUGAGACACUCGCUUACAGCCCCAGACAAGACUGCAUUUCCUCUGAUUUCAGCCUGGACCU